AUGGCUGUUGGAAAUGGCUCGAUUGUGACUGAAUUUAUUCUCAUGGGUUUAACAAACCAACCAGAGCUCCAACUCCCCCUGUUCUUCCUCUUUCUAGUAAUGUAUAUAGUCACUGUGUUGGGAAAUUUGGGUUUGAUAACUCUAAUUGUGUUAAAUUCACACCUACACACUCCCAUGUACUUUUUCCUCUUUAACUUGUCUUUCAUAGACUUCUGUUAUUCUUCUGUGUUUACACCCAAAAUGCUGAUUAACUUCACAUCAAAGAAGAACAUUAUCUCCUACAUGGGAUGCAUGACCCAGCUCUACUUUUUUUGUCUUUUUGCUAUUUCUGAAUGUUAUGUGCUGACUUCAAUGGCCUAUGAUCGUUAUGUGGCCAUCUGUAACCCACUUUUGUAUAACAGUGCCAUGUCCCCUAAAGUGUGUUCCAACCUUAUGCUUGGUUCAUACUUGAUGGCAUUUUCUGGUUCUAUGGCCCACACUGGGUGCAUGCUGAGACUGACUUUCUGUGAUGCAAACACCAUCAACCAUUAUUUGUGUGACAUCCUCCCUGUGCUCCAGCUCUCCUGUACCAGCACCUACAUCAAUGAGCUGGUAGUUUUCAUUGUAGUGGGCAUUAAUAUCAUUGUGCCUAGUCUGACCAUAUUUGCCUCUUAUGGCUUCAUCCUCUCCAGCAUCCUACACAUCAGCUCCAAGGAAGGCAGGGCCAAAGCCUUCAGCACCUGCAGUUCCCACAUCAUUGCUGUUUCUCUGUUCUUUGGAUCAUGUGCGUUUAUGUACCUCAAACCAUCUUCUGCUGGGUCUAUGAAUGAGGGAAAGAUCUCUUCUGUCUUUUACACCAAUGCAGUUCCCACGAUGAAUCCUCUAAUCUACAGCUUAAGAAACAAAGACAUUAAACUUGCCCUGAGAAAAUUUCUGAAUAGGAGAGAGUUUAGAUCAGAAAAUAGUAUCUUUUUGUGCAGUUCAUCAUAG